AUGGGCCCGCUGACUGACGCUUUAGGCCUGACGCUGGUGGGAGGAGCUUCUCGACCUCACCACACACCCUUUCCCGGCACCAUCCAGCAGAUGAAGUUUGUCUUAGGAGAUCCUACAGCGGCCAAGCAGCACUGUCAAGAUCACAGCAGCACCUGUUCAACUCUGACAGACACAAAGGAGGUUGGAGCCAUCGAUGAGGAGACCGUUCAGCCCAGUAUCACAGCAUCAUCCAGGCCAGAAAAUAGAAAAUACACGACUGUACAGGCUGGUCCCACUGAGCUGACACCAAAGCUGGAUCCAGUGAGCAUCGCUUCCCCUCUGAAGUCACUUCCUGCUGCAGGGGAUGUAGACACCAAAGCUGUCGGGAUAACCCAAACUGCCACUCAGACUGUAGGCUCAACCAAUAGAGAAGAAGAGAAGGACAAGCUAACAACUGGUCCACCUGGGCUACCAGGACCACCAGGGCCUAAAGGAGACAAAGGCUAUCAAGGCGUUAUGGGCAGGACUGGGAGGACAGGAUAUAGAGGCCCCAUUGGUCCUCCUGGGAUGCCUGCCAUUGUUGUGUUUAAAACCUCUGAAGAAGAGUGGGAGGCUUUCAAGAAACUUAAAGGGCCUCCAGGGCCCCCUGGACCUCCUGGAGAUGACGGACCAAUUGGCAGUCCUGGACCACAAGGGCUGCCGGGUCCCCAGGGCAGACCUGGACGAGACGGGAACCCAGGAGAGUACCCUGAUCCAGGCCCUCCUGGCUUACCUGGAGAACAGGGUCCCAAAGGCUACACAGGAGAGAAGGGCAGCAAAGGGGAGCUGGGUGAGUGGGGAAUUCCUGGAGCCAGGGGUCCUCCUGGUUUUAGGGGACCAUCAGGACUUCUGGGAGAGAUUGGAGCUCCAGGCUUUAGUGGCCCACCAGGCCCACCUGGCAAGAUGGGCCCUCGAGGUGGGAAAGGCGUCUUUGGCGUUAAAGGACCUCCGGGAAACCCAGGACCAGAUGGAUCUUCAGGUCCUAAAGGUGACCCUGGUGAGCCAGGAGAUGAAGGAGAAAUAGGGGAACCUGGACCACCUGGACUAAAUGGAGCCAAUGGGAAUCCAGGAAAGCCUGGACCCUCAGGUGAUCCCGGACCUCCAGGGCCUCCUGGCAAACAAGGAUUAAAGGGGCGUCGAGGCCCCUCAGGUCUUGAGGGACUUGGAGGACCGCCCGGGCCUCCAGGACCUCUUGGAUCCAUUGGGUUUGAUGGCAUCAUGGGGGAGCAAGGGAAGCAGGGAAAAGAUGGACUGAAGGGCGAUCGCGGGACAAAUGGUGUUCAAGGAGUUCCUGGGCCUCGAGGCAACAAGGGACCCACUGGUACAAAUGGAAUGGAUGGGGACACUGGAUCACCAGGACCAAAAGGGUUGCCUGGGAAGACAGGAGCUCCUGGCCUCCAAGGAUCCGUUGGGGAGAGUGGUGUCCAGGGUAACAUUGGGCCAUGGGGUGAGGUCGGGCUGCGUGGCCCUCCAGGUCACCAGGGGCCACAAGGUCCAGUUGGCCCCCUUGGAGUUACAGGUUACCCAGGUAAAGAUGGACCUCAGGGACCAACUGGAUCAGCUGCUGUCAAAGGAGAUAAGGGAUCCAGAGGAGCUUUGGGGCAGGAAGGAGUUGCUGGUCUCGAUGGUGAGGAGGGUCCAGUUGGACUGAGGGGACCUGAGGGGCCACCUGGACAAAAAGGCAUAUCUGGUGAGAAGGGGAGCACUGGGCCUGCUGGACCCAAAGGGCCAAAGGGAGAUGAAGGCAACACGGGCAACAGAGGGCCACAGGGAGCAAAGGGACCACCAGGGAAACAGGGAUACAGGGGUGCAGCAGGGGACAGAGGGAAACUAGGGGUUCCAGGGCUCAAGGGUGAGACGGGUACCAGAGGUUCAUCAGGCAUACGGGGACAGUUUGGACCAGGGGGCAACACUGGGGCAGCGGGGAACAAAGGCCAGAAGGGGCUCCAGGGACACACUGGCAGUCAUGGGGAGAAGGGAAAGCUCGGCCUUCCCGGCAUCAGAGGAGACACGGGCAUUAGAGGUCAAAAGGGGGCAAAAGGAGAGCCUGGGACAAGAGGCACAAUGGGGACAAUGGGGAAGAUGGGGUUCAUCGGCACUCCAGGUGCUAAAGGUCGACCUGGACCUGCUGGUCCUCCUGGUCUUCCAGGAACUAAAGGAAUUCAGGGGUCAAAGGGCCUAAGCGGUUUGGACGGGUUACUAGGGGUUGAGGGAAAUGAAGGCGAUCCAGGUGAUACUGGUUUCAGGGGAGCUCCUGGAACACCUGGCAGGCAAGGCAAAAAAGGAAAACCUGGACCUCCUGGAAUCAGGGGAAACACUGGAGCACCAGGCUUCAAGGGUAAAGCUGGACCAAUAGGAAAACAAGAGCCGCCUGGACCAAUGGGGCCAAAGGGUAUUCCAGGACUGAGAGGAGAGAAGGGCGAGUUUGGAAGUACUGGUCCAAAGGGUCUCCACGGUGACACAGGAAUACUGGGACCAGACGGUCCACCUGGGCUCAAGGGCCAGCUAGGACAGAAGUGGCCCAGGUCGGUGUCCAGGAGGUGGUCUCAAGGAGACGCGGCUGAAGAAUCCUUCAGCUGGCCCCAGGGAACCAAAGAUGACCCUGCCACCACCUGCUACGAGCUGGGACUCAUACGCCCAUAUCUGAAUGAUGGUUACUUCUACAUGGACCCCAACCAAGGCUGUCCCUAUGAUGCUGUGAAGGUUUUCUGUAACUUCACAGCAGGAGGAACAACCUGCAUCGACCCUUUGCAGUCACAGCUGGAGGUGACUGUGAUGGUUCGGGGGAGCACGGAGCUACAUCGAGGUGAUAUGGGGUUACUUCCUGUCAGAGAUCUGGGUGUGGAGAUGACAUCAUUAUCACCGCUUGUCCCUGAGUUCACUGUUGUUGCGGGACCCCUCUGCUUCUUGUGA